ACCAGCGACCAUCAGCGCCCCGUUCGCCACGAGAGCGGAGGAACCCGACGCCACCCAACAACAAACCCAGCAGCCGAAUCGGUUGCGAGGGGAUCGGAGGGAGGGACGCAGGCAGCUCGCCCGGCUUGGCAGCAGGUUCAUUCAAGGGAAGAUCCGGUCGAGGGCACCGUCGCGAUGGGCGUCCUCUUCUCGUGCCCCGCCGAUGACUACGACCCGCUCGACCUGGAGGAGGCGCCGCCGGCGGGCGACGCCGGGGAGCCGGCCAUCCUCAAGGCGCUCGGCUCCGGGAAGCUGCUCAUCGAGGGCUCGCUCAGCUUCAAGCGGGCGCAGGCCGCCCUGGGCUCCCUGCAGGUGGAGACCGAGAUCUCCAUCCGGGCCGGCGGCGGCGACGCUCCCGCGCCGGAGCCCGCCGGGCCGCUGCCCAAGGAGGUCGCCAGGGCGAGGUUCGCCGAGGCUCCCGUCGAGAGCCCCAAGCACGAGGCCGCGGCGCUCCGGCUGCAGAAGGUGUACAAGAGCUUCCGCACGCGACGGCAGCUCGCCGAUUGCGCCGUCCUCGUCGAGCAGAGCUGGUGGAAGUUGCUCGAUUUCGCGCUGCUCAAGCGCAGCUCCGUCUCCUUCUUCGACAUCGAGAAGCAGGAGACCGCCAUGUCCAAGUGGUCAAGAGCAAGAACUCGAGCUGCCAAGGUUGGAAAGGGAUUGCUCAAGGAUGACAAGGCUCAGAAGCUCGCAUUGCAGCACUGGCUCGAAGCGAUUGACCCACGACACCGCUACGGUCAUAACCUUCAUUACUACUACGAUUGCUGGCUCCAAUGUGAAAGCAAGCAGCCUUUCUUCUACUGGCUCGAUAUCGGAGAAGGCAGAGAGAUCAACCUUGAAGGCAAGUGCUCAAGGUCAAAGCUUCUGAGCCAGUGCAUCAAGUACCUUGGUCCAAAAGAAAGAGAGGACUAUGAAGUCGUAACCGAGGACGGCAAGUUCUUAUACAAGAAGAGUGGCCAAAUCCUUGACACAUCUUGCGGACCACGGGAUGCAAAGUGGAUCUUUGUUCUUAGCACAUCUAAGAAUUUGUAUGUUGGCCAGAAGAGAAAGGGUACAUUUCAACAUUCUAGCUUCCUUGCUGGAGGUGCUACUUCUGCUGCUGGGCGAUUGGUCGUUGAGAAUGGAACCUUGAAGGCUAUUUGGCCGCACAGCGGUCACUACCGCCCGACGGAGGAGAACUUCCAGGAGUUCCAGAGCUUCCUCAAGGACAACAUGGUCGAUCUAACCAACGUUAAGAUGAGCCCAGCGGAGGAGGAUGAGGAGUUCUGGGGCAGCCUCAGAAGAGUCGCUUCAGAGAGCGAAAAAACUGAAGACAAAACAGCUGCACCUGAAGAAACCGGCCCUUGCCAGAUGCAACCUGAAGCUGUUGGAGCCGGCAUGACAGAGACCGACAAAUGCGAAGAAGAAGCUGCAGCGGCACGGCCAAAUUCAUCAGAAGGUGAUCAGGAGGCGGCCGAAGAGCAGGCGCCCGUGCCGCGGGAGAAGAUCCUGGAGCGGAUCAACUCCAAGAAGGAGAUGAAGUCCUACCAGCUGGGCAAGCAGCUGUCCUUCAAGUGGACGACGGGUGCCGGACCCCGUAUCGGGUGCGUGCGCGACUACCCGUCGGAGCUCCAGCUGCAGGCGCUGGAGCAGGUGAACCUCUCGCCGAGGGGCAGCAGCACCGCCGCCGCCGCUGCCGCGUCCCGGUUCUCCUCUCCGCUGAGGCGAAGCUUCAACCAGCCAGCGGCGGCGAGGGGCUGCGACGCGUCCACGCCGAGGGAGGCGUCUCGGUCGCCUCUGCAGCACGGGGCACUCGCAGUGGCAGCGGCAGCUGACUGAUGCAAGCAGUUGCAAGCUGAAAAUUUCUUGAAGACUCCUCAAAAGGAUGGAUGAAGAUGUGUAUAGUAGGGGCUAGCAGAAAUGAAGGAACAGACAUACUGCUUGCGCAGAUGUCUUAGGAAGGUAGUAGUAUACAUACAUAUACACAUUGUUCAUCAAAGGAUGUGAUACUGGUAGUUAACCACAAACGGUUUAUACUUUAUACAAGAUUCUUUCAUUCUUUACAUGCAUAUAUAAAAACCAGUAGUGAAGCAGACAAGGUUUGACAUGUA